AUGGCACCAGUGAAUCACGUUUGGGGUAAUCCCCUGUCAAGGUCUCAAACUGUGAUGAUGCUUGCGAUCCAGAAUGAUAGCGAUGAAGUCGAGAAAAUCGCAGCUGAUAUCGAUGAAUACCAGCAAGACGGCUUUUCCGGUUUUAUGAGAGAUGAAGUUGCGAAGUCUCAUGGCCCUAUCUUACUUGCUUUAGACGGUUGGAGACAAUGGACUGAUGCUAUGUUACGCGGCAUAAUACCUCGCCUGCCGCCAGAAUCCUAUCAUCAAAUGGCAUCUACAUCCUCCAGCAUAGUCUCACUGCCAGUAACAGACUCCGAUGGUCUCGAAACUGCGUUUGUGAUAAAUCUGAUCGAUGUUGUCGACGACUCAGACAGUGUGAAAACUUCUCAAAAACUUCUCAACCUCGAUAAUACACGUUCUGCAAAGCCAGUGCGCAUUUUCUACUGGACCUGUGAAGCAGGCGGUCUCCCAGAUUUUCCCGACAGACCAUUUGCUUUGCUUUGCGUUGAAAGCGAGAACCGCAUGGAGGAUCGAAUUGAGGAUCAUUUCCUCGAGAAUCCUCGGCGUUGGAACCGACUAACUCAUUCGCUUCACUGGCUCGUCGUUGACGUUUUCUUCAUUUUCAAUAAAUGGGAUGGUGUCAUUGAAGCAACUGCCGAAGCACUGACUACUAUGGAAGUUGUAGUAUAUCUAAGGACAUUACCCAUUAUGUUUAUCGCAAGGCUAAUACAUCGCGAUAUUGGCACACUGAUCGAACUAGGUGAAUACACUCAACUUCAUCAAGCUAUCAUCGAACAAGUCGCAGAGAGUAUCAAGCGAAACACAUCGCAUAAGGAUCAAGACACAUCCUUAAGUAGAGACGUGGAUUCCUUAUUGCAUAGGAUCGGCGAGAUUCAGAUGAGUUUCAAGCAUGUAGACGUGAGUAUGGGAAAAAUGCAGAAACAAUUGGAGAAUCUUCUGUCGCUGGCUUUUAACACUGAGACCAUAGAACAAAGUCGGAUCCUUGGCCGCUUGACUGUUCUAGCUUUUGUAUUUGUUCCUUUGUCUUAUGUCGCAGCACUUUUCAGUAUGCAAGGAACCACAUUUCCCACGGAGUACUAUCCUGUUUCUGCACUACCUGUUCUACUGCUCACGUUGGCAUUUGCUGCAUUCUCAGGCAAGAUAGUCGAUGCAGUUGAAAGUCUGAGAUUCAAUAGUUCUUCAUCGAUGCUCUCUCGUAUGUUUGGCUCUAAACCUGCAAAGGUUUUAGAUAGAAAGACAGAAGAAGCUAUGUGGAAAAGAUCUACACGGUCAUACACCAUAGCUUCAUUAUCCCGUCAACCCAGACACCAGCGUCAUGGCAGUCUUCCAUUUCCCGAUGGCAGACUAACGAGGCGAUUCAGGUCCAAGACUGCAACAGAUAUAAAACGCUACUCAACCAGACCAGAUAAGAGAAAAGAUCGAAACAGAGGCAAAGAUAUUGAACUGCCGAAGUUCGGGGGUCCAAGGCAGGGUGAUCUCAACUUGAGUCUACAGCCGUCUCAUGGUCUCGAGGCAACAACCACCUCUAUUCAAGGGUCAAAGCAGGACCAUACUAGCGUCUCCGUGAUUGCACCGUCGAUAAGGGUCGAUGAUGUGGGUCGGAAUGUACACACGAUAGAGGAUUCCGAAAACAUAAUGAUCCAUCAAAAUGAAGGAGGGAACGCAUCAGAAACGUACCGUACAGAUGGGGACCACGAUGUCAGAGAAACGCGUGGCUCAAACUAUGCAUUUUCCUUACGGAAAACUGCAGCAGUGCAAAGCGGCAUGAACAUAAAGCUCCAGGCUAUUAUGCAAGAUAGCUUUCAGACAUCCCGACAAGAUAGAGCAGCAGGUUCAGUAUUUACACCAAGUAACUAUGGUAUCCGCCCUGAGAGGAACUUAAAAAGAUAG